AUGGGAAACAAUCCUUCGACGGCCAAUUUGCCGCAAAACAAACGAACAAGCCAAAUUAUUACAGAGGAAAUUCGAGACCGCCAAGGAUCCAUCACGUCCCAACUCUUCCCUAGUAGAGGCACGGGGCGACACCCUGAGGCAGUUAAAAAAGUAGGAUGGACCAGCCGCGUUCUUCCCGGGUCAAAAAAUGCGUCAAGAUCCACGUCGUCUGGCCAGCAACAUGCUGCAAAGUCGCCGUUCCGCACAAACUAUUCCAUGGACACGAAACAAGACUCUCCAGCUCCUUUCACCUUAAGAAAAAGCGCAUUGGGUAACCCGGCACCUCCGAUGUGCACCACAGCUCACGUCAGCGCUGAUGAGUCGUCGUCUUCGUCCCUGAGAGAUCAUCUGGCAGAGCUAUCGUUGCAGAAUUCAGAAACGCAGCCAACCACCCUCACAACAACAUCCAGUGCCACAGGCACGGCCCCUGCUUUUAGAAGCCCGGGACCAGCAACGCCUGUGGUCAAAUCAACAAAAACAGACGCUUUACCGGAUCAUUUAUCCAGCACCAACUCCCUGAAGAAACUGCUAGUGGAAGGGAAAAUUGGAGAUUCUAUAAAUCCUCCUUCUUCAAAUGCAAGUACACCAAGAAGAUCGAGUAGAUCCAGUUCGGCGUUGUCUGAUACAUUUAUGUCGGACGACGAGGGUGAUGACGAAGAAUCUCUGUUGCAAGGUGCAAACGACGUACUCAUCAACAACUCCAUUUUGGAAAAUGCUAUGAAGCGCAAAAGAAGCACUAACAAGAAAAGUGGCACCAUAGGUCCCUCCCUCAGCUCUCAUGAGACCCUGCAUCAUCCUGGCCCUAAAAAGUUGAAGCCCUUGAGCUCAGAUCCAGAGCGGACAAAGCUACCGGAUUUCAAGGUUAUGCAUGCUCGUCCCACAGAUGAAGAGUCAAUUGAAAACGCCAUCUCAAUGCCUCGACUGGUACAAGACAAUUUUGACCGCAUUGAUUCCUUCGAGAAGGGAACAGCGGAGCAUUUUGAAGGGACUUACAGUGGGACGGACAUUUCGCAAAAGUUUCCUUCUCCAUCGGAGCAAGACUCGACAAAUCAUGAUGAGACUAUUGAAACACACGUUUUAGUUAAGUGGAAGGAUAACAUAGUAGACCCCAAGACGUGUAAAAUGUCGAUAGUGAGCAGAGACAUAAUGUCGGUUUUGGGGCCUCACAACAAGUCGAAGAAGAUCCCCAUGACGUAUGACACAAACUCGAAAUGCUGGGUCGCUCCAAAUUUAUUUCUCCCACCAGGCAUCUACAAAUUUCAGUUUUUGAUUAAUGGCGAGUUACGGCAUUCCGACUUUCUUCCUACCGCCACCGAUUCUUUCGGUAAUUGUGUAAAUUGGUUUGAGGUUGUGUCCGGACAUGAGGUGAUAGAACCUUCGAAAGAUGUCCCAUCCAUUGCAGAUGCUAGGUUUGAUGAUAACGAGGUUUAUGUCCCAAACUCAAGGUCUCCUAGACCGCAAAUGAAGUCAGAUUCAUCAUCCUCCGAUUACAGGGGUUCCCACCGUCAUUUCGAGAAAACAGGCACGCCUUAUUCCGAUUACACAGGUGUUUGUAGCAGAUCUGACUCUUUCAAGCCACAAUUGAAUCAGAGACACACUAGUAGUCUCGAUUUACUUGCUCCUCCGGCGCCUAAAGUACAACAGUACUCUAAUGAGAUUCCAGAACUAUUCAAGACCAACUUUGAAGACGAGCCAGAAUUACCAACUUAUGAACAGCCGCAGCAUCCUACAGCAGACGGUUUGGAUCGCCCAAGCUUUCUACAUCGGGUACAGGACUGUAAUCAGGACCUGCUUUUUGCUGAUCUGCAACAAGAUGGAAAAAUUGACUCUCAAGCAGCAGAGGAAGCUUUUCUUCAACAAUAUCCUACACCAGAUCUUCCGGUCUACCUGGACUCUUCAUUUUUAAAUGCCGUAUUCAGUCGCUUCCAGAAGAAAAACGAAUCCAACAGCAGGGUGAAUCACAUUGUUCCUCACGUCAAUCUGAACCAUCUUUUGACCAGCAGCAUCAGAGACGAAAUAAUAAGUGUCGGUUGUACAACAAGGUAUGAGGGGAAAUUUAUUACUCAAAUUAUCUAUACGCCCUGCUAUUAUGGUAACAAGGAAAGUUGA